UUGGUAACCUUUUCCGGUAUAAAUAAGCCUUAAGAAAACACCCACAGGCCACAAUAGUUUGAUACAAAUGCAAAGUUUGUCUCAAGUUUCGCUGUGUUUUCUUUCAAAUUUGUGGCCAAGGGACGAUCAACUUCAAUUAAAAUCACACAGAGUUUGACAUGAUAUUAUGGCUUGGACAUGCUAACGGGUAAUCGAUGGGGCUACGUGGAUUAAAUUUCUAUAUCUUGGCGCUUGCUUUUACAUCGCUGCCGUUUUGUAUUUUCUCCUACAAGCUUCAGCAAGACGGAAGUGUUGCGACUCCAAAACGUUGCGACUGCACAUCGGUCGAGCUCUGGCUACCUAAAACAGUUAACGAGGCUUCAAAUGUGUUUUCCUACGAGGAGAGUGAGUUAAAAACGUUAAAUGAUGCGAAUUCAUUGUCUAUAAACACGUUAUACAGAGGCGUGCGUUUGGUGCAGUUUCCGAAAAAUUGCGAGCUAAUUUUGAAGGAAAAUGCUGCGUUUUACAAGCAAAAUAUUGACGAUCGCUCGGUCGUGAUAUGGUUCAAAAGAAAACCUUUGCCAAUUUGUAUCGCAGCUACCGUGAAAUGCAAACUUCGCAAUUCGUGUAUCGGUAUUCAUACACGGCCGGAAGACGAAGGUCAUUCAACCCAAAGGAAACUGUUGAUGUUUCAAUCUGACUCCAAUGAGAAGGAUACAUUACUGGAUCAAAAAGACAGUGUUGUGCUCAGUUUUCUCGCUUUCUGUGUAGUGGUUGUUUGCAUUGCUUUAUGUGGAAAAACCGAAAAGAAGUAUGUCCUAACGGUUGAGAAUUUUGGCUCCCAGGAAAGCGUUGCCCGAGACAGCAAUUCUGCAAAUGUUGAAAUCAUAUCCUCAGAAAAAGUCGAGACUAUUCGCAGGGAAAAUCCCGACCAUCAAGAAACAAAAGUGGAAUCGGUGGAAAUCAAAGUGGAAAGCCCAGUGCCAGCAACAGACAGCAACUCGAACCAUUCCUCGCCACCUGUCGGAGAGGUCAACUCAUCCGGCUCUGGCGAAACCGGCGUUGAUGGUGCCGUGUUGGGGAAAAUAAAGUCUGGCGAUGUCAAAGUCGAGACGGGAGAUAAAGGGAUAAACGUUGAUAACGAUGAGCUGAGAGGGAAGGAUGGGGAUAAUCUGGAGCAGAAGGGAAACGACGUUGGGGAUGCAAGCGUACAGGAAGCGAAGAAAGAUAAACGAAGCGAUAGCAAGAAAAAAGAAGAAAAACGAAAAGAAAAGGAUCGUCAGAAAGAUAUGAGAUCGAAGCGAUCACAUACAGCUCCUACGGAAAGGGUUGAAGAGAAACCCUCCAAACACAAAACAAGGUUUUCACUCAAAAAAACCACCGACGACUCGAACGCUUACGAUGAGCCAAAGAUGUCCAAAAAGGACAAAAAGAGAUCAAAAAAGAAAUCAGACAACGAUCAACCACUUCCCAGUCCCCCGCUUCCCAACACCGCCCUCCCCAGUCCCCCGGUGCAAAACACGGCCCUUCCCAGUCCGCCACGUCCGCACACCACGGCGCUGACUCGUGGCGACCGCCGCAGUUUCACGAACAGAGAGUUGCCCAAAAGACCCUCGGAUUUGGACGAAGACGAUUACGAAAUUGUCCAAGUUAAGAAGGGACCGAAAAAAGACGAGACGAAAUCGUCUGAGAACGAUACUAAUUUAUACGACUCAGUCGAUGACCGUGAGGUGUUCAAUGCCCAGGCAAAGGGGGACCCAACCGCCAACGAUAAUCAGUCGGACGCAUAUGAGAGUGUAGAUCCGAAGUUAAAAUCGAUCAAAUCCCCCGCAUUAUCCGUACCAAACCAGGAGGAUUACGAAGACCUUUACGAUGAACCAGUUAUGGACAGACAGCGAAGUUUCUCGGAAGGUCUUCCUGGAUCCUCGUCGCCCCGAAGUGAUGCAGAGCGAAAAACGAUGUCCCUGGGUCGGCAAACGAGGCAGGACGCCGCCCCUACCCCUCCCCCCGUUGAAACCAUAGGACAGGCAAAAGUGUCAAACAUCGUUGUGAUGGAUGACAUAGAGCCUUAUACGAUCACGGUAAAGAAAGGGGAUCAUAUUAUACAGGAAACUAACAUAUCGAAGUUUGCUAAACCAAGCGGCACGCAUCAUGUUCAACCAGCGUUGAGCGAUGACGAGAAGGAAAGGUUGUAUACGAAAGUCGACAAGGAGAAACAGAAACGAGACAGAGCCGAGGCGGGAGACGACGGUUUAGCCAAUGGUGCGAUCCAGGUAGAAGGCAGCGCGAACGAAAAUCCGUACACGAAAGUCGACAGAGAAAAGCAAACGAGAGACAGGAUUGAGUCCGCGAAAGGUGCAACCAAUGGCGAAGUUGAGGGAGAAGCAAAGACGAAUAGUGAUGCAAAAAUGGAUGAAACUGCUGGGGUUGUUCAGAUAAACUGUGGAAAUGGCGAAGCAAAAGAAACUGUGUCCUCGUUGGCUGUAGAUUCCGUGGAGGAACACCAAUAUGAAAGUAUGCCUCGUCAAAAGAAAUCAGGUCAAGUUUCUGACAAGAAUGACUGGACGUUUGAGGAAACGGAAGACUUUCAACCUUACGAUGAAGUCGAUGAUAGAUCGAACACUAAACAAAGACCUGGCGUUUAUGUAUAGAGCACAAACAACAACAAUAACGAAAUCAUCUUGUAUAUCAUAGCCAUUUUCAACAGAAUAUCUCACUAUGUCUAUAGUAAAGAUUUUCAUGAAUCAUAAAGUGUCUGCCAGAGCAGUGUGCAAAGGCAAGCUCGAAACUUAUCGCUAUUCGAAGCUGAACAACAAUUCAACCUGCGUGGAUAUUUAAAAAAACUUUCCCGGCUUAACCAGGAAAAUAUUUCGUAGCCUACAUUUAUGCAUAAAGUAACAACACGUAAAUAGUCAGUUUUAGUGAACACCUAAAUUAAUUCUCCAGAUAUUGUAGAACACAAUUUUAAUUACACUACAAGCUUUCCUU